AUGGCACCGUUAGAAAGAGAUCCACCCAAAUUCUUAUUUGAUCAUAUAACAGACAUAAACGAAGACUUCUUGACGGACGACGAAGAAGAGUUAUUUCCAGAACGCCUUAUAUACAACGACAUAGACACAAGAGAUAGAGACACGGACGAAGAGAUUGACAUAAACACCGACGAGUUAAAUAACUAUAUACCUGAAAUAGUAUUGGAAGUCAUUAGACAAUGGAGUACAUACUUUAAUAGUGCUGUUCCGCCACUUGUCAACAACCAUGACAGAAAGACAGAGGACAGCGAUGACGAGUCAAUUGAGACAGACGAAACCGACGACAGAGAGACAGAAGACAACGAUGACGAGUCAAUUGAGACAGACGAAACCGACGAUAGAGAGACAGAGGACAACGAUGACACAGAGACAGAGGACAGCGAUGACACAGAGACAGAGGACAACGAUGACACAGAGACAGAGGACAACGAUGACGAAUGA